AUGGCCUCUACCUACAAGAUAUACUUCACCAACUCCUCCGGCUUUAACAACAAUUUUGCUUUUUUCAGUGCUGUGCCCGUUGUUACAGACAACGGCGGCAGCCCUGUCUAUAGUAACAUCAUUGCAAGCCAGUAUGUUCCAUCUGAUGAUGGGGACACUACUUUCGGAAUCGAUGUUACCCAGACCUACUAUGCCUGGACCAGCGUCUCUCCUGUCGAUGUCCAGAAACUGCCUGGUAACAAUGUUGUUACGAGGAUCAGCAACUCCAAGCUUGCUACGCUGGGCAAGACCGGAGCGCCAGGAAGUACUUUCAAGUUGAUCGAUAAUGCGGGUAAUCCGACUUUCGACCCCAAUUCGACUACUUACAAUGCCCCGGACGGUACUUUCCAGAUCGCCUCUGACCCUGGUGCUUUUCAGCCCGAUCAAAACUUCAUCUGUGGCUUAGGCUCAGUUGAUGGUAAUGGCCAGCGGAUUCCUGUUGCAACGUUCGCCGCACAGCCCAAUACCAUUGCUACCAUCAAACCGGUCGUUACGUUUUACAUUGCCCAGUUCUCUUCUCAGAAGGGAACUGUCGUCGAUGUCAACAUUCUUUCUAACAAGGCAGCUAUAAUUGACUUUACCGGCAAGGGGGUCAAUGCGGCUUUUGUGAACCAGACCGCUGGGGGUGGCUUCAGCGUUCAGUAUGGAUCUGCCAAAUCCAUGGUCGAAUUAUCCCAGGCCUCUUCUUCGAAGAACAAAUCCAGACCUCCUAUUUUAAACCAAUACGAUCUCGAAACACUUAUGGAAAUCAUCCGGAAGAUCAGUCCCGUUGCUAUCACUCUGUAUCAAUGCGGGUUUGAUUGGGUUGGAAACCCUACCCAGCAGCAAAAGGCCACAGCGGUUACCAGCGCAGCGACUGCGAUGGGAAGUAUUGCAGGAUAUACUGUGUCCUCCAGGCCCAGCGCUCCCUACACUAAUCCCAGCUUUGGUGUCCAAUCCGCCAAUCCCAUUGGUACUGUCAGAGCCGUAUGGAACACCGUCGUCGCUGGACUGGGGCCUAUAGCUAAUAAUCCUCGUACCACAAAUGGCAACUUCGCUGAUAGUAAAACCCAGAGUAAUGGCACCGAAAAACAGCAAAGCACUAACGGGGGCGAGCGUACCAAUGGUAACCAAGUCACCAACAAUCCGUCCCAUGUCAAUAAUGAAUAUGCCAGCAGCGAUCUGGUUCAGCUCUUGAAGGGUAUGGGGGGUCUGGACGUCGCUGCGCAUUGA